AUGCUCCACCAUGCUAAGCUGGAAAAGUGCUUCUGCGCCAAAGCAAAAAUGACGGCAAUCUACACCAAGAAUCGUCUGCCGUCACCCAAAGAUGCACACAAGAAUCCGUUCGAGAUCGUCCACAACUCCGAGCUAAGUGUCAAGCACAUGCGGGUGUUCGGUUGUCAGGUUUACAUACUGACACCGAAAGAGAAGAGGCUCAAGUGGGACCCCAAAGCUCGCACUGGGAUAUUCUUGGGCUACGAAGAAGCAUCCAAAGCGUAUCGCGUUUGUGACAUCGAGGCGGGGCAGGUGGUCAUCAGUCGCAAUGUCAACUUUGACGAGUCCACCUUUGGACUUUUGCCGCCGAUCACUGUUGAAGAUACCGAUGACCUUGACUUCGCCUCCCUCGAGCUGGAUGAUGAAGCGCCAGGUCAAGCGCAGUACAAGCAAACAGGCGAGCUCAAGAGUCGUCCCAAUGAUGAAGAAGUACCAGCUCCACCCACGCGCACAGUGCGUCAACGGCCUGGACUAGAAGAAUCGAGUGCGCCAAAUAACUACACGACCCACCAAGAAGAAGAUGAAGAAAUAAAGAAUGAUGAUGCAUCAACUCCGCCUGUGUUUUGGCGUGCGAGUGCGAACGCCAUCGAAACAGCAGUGGACUUAUGUGAGUCAUCGACUUUUGAAGCUGCGGUGAGCGGUCCUGAUCAAGUGCAUUUGCGCGAAUCCACCCAAGCGGAACUCGAGUCGAUGCGACUUCGUGAAGUGUUCCGCGCAGCCAAGCUACCUAAAGGACAUGGCGCCAUUGGCACGAAGUGUGUAUUCAAGAUCAAGCGCAAAGCGGACGGAUCAAUUGACAAGUACAAGGCGCGCCUUGUGGCAAAGGGUUUCAAGCAACAAUAUGGGAUGGACUACACGGAAACAUUCUCGCUCGUCGUCAAGUAUGUGACGCUGCGCAUGGUGAUUGCAGUUGUGGUGAAUUCGAUCUCACAAAAUUGCUUGUAUGAGUGUCGAUCUUCCACUUGCCCAGACUUGCCGACUCACGGAGGGGGUACUCCGAUCCGUGCCUUGUUGUAUGACCUUGUGCUCACCUUGUGUACCCGUCGGUUGGGCUGGCUUGAGCUCUUCGUAACGGCCUUGGGAGAUGUCGAUCUCGCUGAGAGGUUGGGUUGA